GGAGCGAGGAAGAUGGUGCGGGCAGAUGGGAGAGGGAAAGUCAUUUACGAAUUUAUUGGAAGUGGAGUUAGUGAAAUCGGUAUAUUGUUGUGGCCUUAAGGAAAUAAAAACAUUUAUCCUUAGUAUUGAAUUUUUCAAAAAUAGUAUUCUCACAAUAGAAAAUUUAGAUGUCGAGAUUCUUAUGAAAGAUCGAAGGGUUCAUAUGCUUUCUAGAAAGGUAACCAAUUGUUAUUUUUGAGGUUAGAGUGUUGUUAUUAACCUCUCCUCUAUAAAUAUAUGGGGAGUAUGUGACAGCGCGAUUCUUUUGAGUAUUCCUGGUGCAGAGUGCAAAGUGUUUUUGACGUUUGCACGGGCGAAAGCAGCAAGUGAGAAAGCGAAAGAAGAAGGAAGUGAAGUAAAACGAAGAGAGGACGCUGCAGGACGCCAUGAUGGACGGAAUAUGUGAUACCACUGAUAUCAUCAAUAAUUUAUCAACGAAGAAAACGAUUUCAAAUGAAUCUUCAUUGGAAAAUAAUGAUAAAGCACUCCAAAUUGACAUCUCAGAUGCACUUAGUGAAAAAGAUAAGGUUAAAUUUACUGUACAUACAAAGACAACAUUACCAGAUUUCCAAAAAUCAGAAUUCCUAGUAGUCAGACAACACGAAGAGUUUGUUUGGUUACAUGAUCGAUUUGAGGAGAACGAAGAAUAUGCUGGUUAUAUUAUACCUCCAUGCCCACCAAGGCCUGAUUUUGAUGCUUCACGAGAAAAAUUAUUGAAGCUCGGCGAAGGUGAAGGUAGCAUGACACGUGAAGAGUUUAUGAAAAUGAAACAAGAAUUAGAAGCUGAAUAUUUGGCUACGUUUAAAAAAACAGUUGCUAUGCACGAAAUGUUUUUAACACGCCUUGCACAUCAUCCAGUGUUUAGAAAUGAUCACAAUCUUAGAGUUUUUUUAGAGUAUGAUCAAGAUCUUUGUGUGAGAGGCAAAAAUAAAAUGGAAAUGUUUGGUGGAUUGAUGAAAUCUUUUUCUAAAACAAAAGACGAGUACUACUUAUCUGCGACAGUAAAAGAUGUAAAUGACUUCUUUGAUCAAGAAAUGACAUUCCUUACACAAUAUCAUCACAAUUUAAAAGAAGCUACGAGUCGUGCUGAUCGUCAAACUGCAAAGCACAGAGAGGUAGCUGAUUCAUACAUUAAGAUUUCUUCUAAUCUCUUACAAUUAGCGACUACAGAUACGGGCAAACUUGAAAAAAUGUUGACUAAAAUCGCUGAAACAUUCGAAAAACUGAGGAAACUAGAAGCUCGUGUUGCAUCCGAUGAAGAUUUAAAAUUGUCCGAUACUUUACGUUAUUACAAGAGGGAUACAUCAGCUGGAAAAAGGCUAUUGAUUAGAAGGCUAAAAGCAUUACAUACGUAUGAAACUGCAAAUAGAGCUUUGGAAAAAGCACGUGUCAAAAAUAAGGAUGUACAUGCUGCAUUGGAGGUUGCAGAGGCAGAGCAGGCACAGACUGAGGCAUGUUCGAAAUUUGAACAAAUGUCAGAAAAAGGAAAAGAAGAACUUACUAAUUUUAAAACAAGACGAGUAGCUGCCUUUAAAAAGAAUCUUAUUGAGCUUACAGAAUUUGAAAUAAAACAUGCCAAGGGCCAUGCAGAAAUACUGAAUAAAUGCUUAGCGGCCCUUCAAAAUGAAUGAUUUAAAGAUAUUAAUUUACUAUCUUCAACGACAUAUUACAAGUAAAUUGAUUAAUA